GUCCUCUAUAACAGACUAAACAAUGUGAAUAUAAAGUACUGUUCAGGAAAGGACAGCAAAUGGCUUUAAAACUGUAAAAAUGUGUUGAUUUGUUGUUGAUGUAAACUGUACAUGAAACAGAACAAGAGCGAAUGACAUUGUGAAGCUUAGAAGAAGCUUUGAAAGGGUGAUUUCUGUUAAUCUCUUAUAAACUGUAAGGAUUCUGUUGGCAAGAAAACACACAACAAACCACAGAAGACUGGUAGAAGCUGAUGUAAAACAAAAAGGGAUAAAUAACAUUUUAAUUCAUGAAAGCAAAGACACUGACAUGAGAAAUGUGACCUUUUGUUAAAGUGUUUGACAUGACAAAUGAUGCAUGCAUUUAAGAUGAUGCAAAUUGUAAAUUGUGAUGUUGUAACUGUAUAAAAAAACUGUAUAUAAUGUUGAAUGGUUUUAAAUGCACAUAUUUCCUGUCCCUAGAUUAAAUGAGCUAAAAAAUUUUAUUAUGGACAAGAAUAAAAAUGAUGAUAGGGAAUUAGAGAGGACUGUCUAUUUGGGAAUAAGGGAAAGCAGGAGAUCCAUGUGCAGAGAGCGCAAGCAAAUAGAUAGAGCGCAAGCAAUAGAGAAAGAGAGAGAGAGAGAGCGCGAGAGCGUGCCAAUGCAGCAGCGCGAGUGUGUGUGUGUGUGACCGUGGCAUAAAGCCGCGAGUUGUGGGAGGGGGAAAAGCACGAGCGCGGCACGAGGAUGAAGAUGAGGAGUGAUGCAGACGGACCACGAGACCUGACAGCAUAACAGCUUCUGUUUGUGUGGAGAACAAAAGAGAGAGAGAGAAAGAAAUAGAUAGAUAGAGAGAGAAGACAGAGAGAGUAAAAAGAGAGCUCAACCUCCAGGUGAUGGGUAUCUGCAUGGGGAUCGUUACGAAGGUUCAGUUUGCGCAAGGCUGAGCGCUGCUGGAGUCCCCAAUGGAAAUCAGCAUCCGAGCAUCCUCAGCAUCGCUGGACCACUCGCGCAUGGUGCGCCUGGGGGAGAGAUAGCAGCAGGACUCAUCCUGAACUGCAGGACACAAAACCAGUGGAGAAGAGUUCAUAAGGAUGCCCUUUGGAACGAAGAACACCAUCAGACCCCCGAACCCCCUCCGGACGAGGGAAUUGUGAAGCUUUUCCACAACAGGAGUUGCUGUCCAUGGUGUAGCCCAGAUCUUCCGCGGGAUGGUCGAGACGCUGAGCAUCGCAGUCAUCGGUGCGCCUGGAGUGGGCAAAACUUCCAUCAUCCGCCGCUUUGUUUACAAUGACUUCUCAGAGAGCUACAAUCCUACCCAGGAACGAUACGUCUACAGGCCCUCCGUCAUCCUCAACGGGGUCAUGUACGACCUGAAGAUCCUGGACGUGCCGCCGAUUGCCUCGUUUCCUUCCAGCCCCUCUCAGGAAUGGCUGGACUCGCGCUGCAGAGGGGUACGAAAUGCCAGUGCCUACAUCCUGGUGUACGACAUCUGCUGCGUGGAGAGCUUCGAAUACGUGAAGAUGAUACGACAACAGAUCGUAGAUUACAGGGAGGGCAGCAGCAGUGAGGUGCCGAUCCUGGUGGUGGGCAGUAAGAGGGACCUGCAGAGGCACCGGUUUACCCAACGGCGGGCGGUGUCGGUGCUGGUGAAGAAGACGUGGAAGUGUGGAUAUGUGGAAUGCUGUGCCAAGUAUAACUGGCACGUUCUGCUGCUCUUCAAGGAGCUGCUGGGCAUCGCGGUGGCUCGCGGCCUGCGCAACAACCACACCUCCAUCCGCCUGCAGGGGGCGCUACAGAGAAACCGCUGCUCUGUCAUGUGACCCUCCCAGAAUGGGUGGAGCCUGACUGUAGCAAAUCAGGGCGAGAGACAGGAUACACACUAGCGUUCAAAAGUGUGGAAUCACAACUAGUUACCGUAUUUAACCAUUCUCAAUAGAAUAGAAGUACAGAGUAAUUUUUUAGUAAUAUUUGUCAUUUUUAGUUUAAACAUCUAUAUAAGAGUUCGUAAUGGGACUACAGACAAUCAAUUCCAGCAGCAGAUGUAGUGUAGCAUAUCGCUGAGCUGUUAAUGUCCCUCGUAUCACUACUAGAAGUGACCGACUGUUCACUAGGAGACUUCCUUUACUCGACCGCCAUCCAACCGAUCCUAAACACAACCUGGAUUGGUCACUAAAUGUAAUUCCAGUCUGUAGCAGUUCAGAUUUCUCAUCAGAUUUCAGUUGCUGUAAUUGAUGUAUCCUUCACAGCUCUUGUAACUAGGCAUUAAACAAAGACUUUACAGCAUGGAUAGAUGAGUGAAUAGUGGAUUGGUAGAGCAAAUAAAUAAAGCAAUGACUGGAUGAGUGAAUAGAUGGUUGGAUGAGAAGAUAUGGAUGAAUUGAUAAAUGAAAGAAUGGAAGAAUUGAAUGAAACGAUAGAAGAUUGGAUGAGCAAAAGAGUCAAUGGAUGGAUAAAUGAAAAAAGGCAGAUGGAUGGAUGAAUGAAAAGAUGCUUGGAUGAAUAAAUGUAUAAAUUGAUGAUGGAUUAGUAUAAGUGUGUUGUACGCAAUUGGGAUGCAGCCCCAGAUUUAGACUUGACCUUAAAAGUCACUUGUUGAGAUAAUAAGCAGCUGGUUAAUUAGAACAAGUGAUUCCAGACCUUUGAACGUUGGUGUACAUGCAGAGUUUCUUUUAUUGUGUCCCACUGGAAAUAUAAAUCUUUUAUUUUUGAUAAGGGCAGGAGUCAGGCUUCUUCUACAGCCACGUAAACACGAGCAGCCAGGUGGGAAAACAGACCUAACACCAACAACCCAAGGGCUACCAUAUUAACCACCUGCUGCACCGCCUACUGUAGCGUCUAUUGCACCAACUACUGCACCGCCUACUGCAUCAACUACGGCACCAUCUACUGCACCAUCUAUUCCACUGCCUACUGCACCAGAUAUUGCGACAACUACUGCACUGUCUACUGCACUGCCUACUGGGCCAUCUACUGCAGCAUCUGUUGCACCGCCAAUUGCACCAUAUACUGCACCACCUACUGCACUGUCUACCGCACCAUCUACUGCACCAACUAUGGCACCGUCUACUGCCCAGCCUACUGGGCCAUCUACUGAACCAUCUAUUUCGCAGCCAACUGCAACAUCUACUGCAACAUCUUUUGCAUUAUCAACUGCACCAUCUACUGCACCAUCUAUUGAAUCGCCUUCUGCAUCAUCUAGUGCAUCAUCUACUGCACCUUCUACCAACGUCUACUGCAACGUCUACUGCAUUGGCUACUGCACCGUUUGCUGCACCAUCUACUGCACCUACCACAAUGUCUACUGCAUUACCUACUGCACUGUUUACUGGCUACAUAUCCCUACUGCACUGUCUGCUGCACUGCCUACAGCACCCUCUACUGCACCACCUACUGGACAGUUUUGUGUACCAGCUGCUGUACUAUUUAUUGCACCACAUACUGCACUGGUUACUUGCCACAGACAGACACUGACCCUCCUGGGUGGGCAGACCAAAGGGUAGGAGUACCUGUCAAUCAAAAGGCUGGAAAUAUUGCACCCCAGGGUCUGUAUGCUGGAGGAGAUGUAUAUAUCAGGUUAAUGCUGGAGCCGUGGGACUGUUUCUGCCCCCCAUCCCCCUCCAUCACAGUCCAGAGCAGCCGAGCCGGAAUGAAUCAAUUCCACUGUUAGAUUCAGAUAAGACAUUUUCUCAUGUUUAGGAAAUUGUUUACCUCCUUCAGGAAGUGAGAUAAGGCAGCGCUGGAGAGGGCCGGCCUUCACCUGCUCGGAUAUCAUAAAAUAGAUCUUAAUUUUCUUAUUAAGUCCCCUCUCACUAUUUUCUCAUACUGCUUUUCUGUAUUGCUUUGUCUCCCUCGUAUAUAUAUAAUAUUUAUUCAUUGACGACAAAAAAAUAAUGCACCAAAAUGGAAAAAUAGAAAGAAGGCUCUAGUUUCCUGUUGGAUCCUCUAUCCUGGAUAUAAGAUGAAAUUGAGACGGUUGCGUUUGAAGGUUCUACAGGUUCCAUAUGAAUGUUGCUACAGCUGGACCUGUAGAUCCUGCUCUACACUUGUAGGCUGAAGCUGAAGCUGCAGAGUCCCAGCGACUCCAUAAAUGCUGGAUUGGUGAUAAAUCUGAAGACCUGCAAUCUGGUGGAGAUGUUCCUGGGAAACAGUCAUUCCUUGCCGUGUUUGGGUGAGCAUUAUCCUGCUGAAAAUGCUAUCAGUUGAAACACAUGCACAUAUUACUGAACUGUUAGUGUCCCUCGUAUCACUACUAGGGGUGACCGACUGUCGUAUGCGAUGCUCCACAGAUAAUUCAUCACACCUGCAGUUUACAGUGCGAACUCUUCAGUCCACCUCAAAGGCAGGAUUGAAGCUCUCACCACUGGACCUCCACACUCAAACCUGAUCAUCAUUGGAUCCCAAACAGAACCUGAAUUUGUCGAUAAAGAUCAAUUCUGCUUCUCUCACUCCAAUAAUCUGACCUCUCUUAAAGAAUAGAGGCAUGACUAAACAUCAAGGAUCUCUCACCAGGAGGUACACUACCCAAAAGUAGCCUCUAAGAGCCUUUUACAGCCUUUUGCAGUGGGGGAUGCCCUUUUACAACCUCUUGUGGCAUAAGUUUAGACUCAUUGUCUACUUAGUUCUGCAUCAAUGGGUAAAUAUAUAUUUAUACACAUGCAGUAUAUAUACAAUUUUUCAGUGCUUACACUAUAAUUUAAAGACACACAAAGCAAAAAACAAGCAUCCAUAGUCUUCCUUCAGCAGGUUAAUGACGGUAGAUCAGGGGUGGACAAAACUUGAGUAAGUGUAUAUUCCGUUAUUGUACAGUAUUUAAGCACACUAUGUGGUCAAAAGUAUUUGUACCCUUGACCUUGUCGAAAGUAAUAUUCCAAAACCACAUGAAUUCAUUUUUCACUAUCUCCAACUAUAUGAAAACACCCCUUCUAACUAAUGCGUUUAAAUAUUUAAAGUUGCACCAAUUGCUGGACAAUUGCUUUUCUAAUCCUUAUAGAAAAGUACUGCCAAUAGUACAAAGUACAAACGUGCAAAUAUACAGUAGCAAAUAAACAGAUACUUAAUUAUAUGUAAAACAAAAUAACAAUAAUAAAAUAAAAACUAGAUGUAGCACAUUACUGCCCUCUACUGGAUAGAAUAUUGUCAUGCACAUACGUUUCUUCUGUCUGACUGAGUGGUAGAGCAAAAUUGACCAAAAAGCCAAAAAAACAAAUCACUAAACACCCCCACAGGCCAAGAAACUGCCUCUUCCUCACUUUGGAUUCUGUAAUAGACCCCUACCCUCCUCUUCCUCACUGAUUAGAGUCUCGGUCAGAGUUUAAGAUCAGUAGCACAGAUGCACUAAUCAGUAAACUGUAGUUUUAAUGGAGUUUUAUUGAUGGUCGCAGCUCAGCAGGGCCUGCCUCACUCCACAUCCAGUACAGGUCAAAUAGGAUGAAAUUCAAAAGACAUAAUUUAUUUUGCUAAUAUUUUGUUACUCAAAAUAAAUGUUGUUUUAUGCCCCUGAAAUACACACAUUUCACAUUUUUUAAAUUUAAUUUGGAAUAUUUUGUUUGUAUAAAGAAUUCAGCUUCUCUAUUGGUCAGAACAUAUUCUGUAUAUAGUUUUAUAUGCUUUUAUUUUUUGGGGGGUAUUUUUUAGUCCUGCAUUAAAAUUAGUAUAACUUUUAUCUAAUGCAUUUCUACCCAAAACGGAUCCCUGGGUUGAUGUAGUGUUUUCAGUCAUAUGCAAAAGUUUGAGCAACCCUGAUCAACCUACUAACGUAGAGUUAAUGUUAAUAUAUACUGUACUUAACCAAAGUCAAAAAUGACAAAAAUGAAUUCAAAGAUGAGGUAGAGUCACCUUAAUUUCAGGCUUUCAGUUAACAGCUGUGCUGAAGUCAUCAAGAGUUAAUUACUUGAAUUUCUGGUCUCUUAAUAAAGGGUUUUUGAGCAUCAGUUAAAGUAAAGUAGUGAAGAGGUAGAGUUACAGGUAUACAGUGAAUAGUGAAUAUUUGAGUAAUGUUCUAAUACAGAUUAUGAGAAGCAAUAAAAACUCAACUAAAUAAAGAAAAAAAA